GAUCGUCCGUCUGUGAAUCCUCACUCAAUGGAUGGUGAUGGUGGUGUGGUCGAGGAGUUAACUGUAAGGAACUAUAAUAAUCUGAGUUCGACUACAGUGGGCACCUCAAAAAGUAGUGGUAGGAUGGGCACUAGGAUAAACCAAUGGCAGCACAUCUAUCAGACAGCAGGAGGAUCGACAAAUUCGAGCUCCCAUGGAUAUCCUGUGAACCGGGAGGGUACUAGUAUCUGGGAGGACAUAGGAGGCACAUCCUUUUCUGAACUAUUGUCUCACAAAUUAUUGAGAGGUGAUAGAAAUGAAACCAUGGAGCAACCACCUCAUUCUGAAAAUAAAGAAACUUUAGGUGGUGUUUUGGCUCAUGGAGGUAUUCGGACAAAAAUUCUAUCGAAGUCAGGAUUCUCAGAGUUUUUUGUGAAGAACACUCUGAAGGGAAAGGGACUCAUAUUCAGAGGCCUACCUACUGAGUCAAGUCCGAAUAAUGUAACUGUGGCUGGUGGUUCCAGGAUGGCUUCUGAUGCAUCACUUCGUUCAAAUCCCUCAAGUGUUGUGCCUUCUACUCAUGGUACCUGUGGGACCAAGAUUGUGUUCAGUUCUGAUCCUGAUGGAGUCAAUCUGAGAGAAUGGCUUAGCGGUGCACACAGAGAUGUAAAUAAAGUGGAGAGAUUAAAUAUUUUUAUGCAAAUUGUGGAUUUGGUGGACACUCACUCUAAGGGGAUUGCCUUGCAUGACUUACGGCUGUCUCAUUUUACAUUGCUGCCUUCAAAUCGGGUGAAGUAUCUAGGAUCAUCAUUGGGGGGAGAGAUUUCUGGAACUUUUGGAAACAAACAUCUUCCAAGCAACGGUAACCAGAUCAUUGAGAAAAGGGUGCUAGAGCAUGGUUUGGUUCGACCUUAUAGCUCCAGUGCAAAGAAGCAAAAGUUCAAUGAGGGCAUCAAUAAUGGCUGGCAGUGGCCUCAGUUUCAUUCGAGACCUCAUUUAAAAGCUGAAGCUGUGAGUGGGACUGAGAUGAGUGCCAGUGAUGCACAAUACUCAGGCUAUGUUUGCGUUGCAAAGAAGCCGAGUACAGAAUAUGGAUCACAAAUGUCUGGUGACAUUCCUACUUUAAGUGCUGGUGCAGAGUCAUUGACCGCUGCAAGGUACCAGCUGGAAGAGAAGUGGUACAAGAGCCCUGAGGAAGUCGACGAGGGAUCAAGCCAUACACCAUCAAAUAUAUACUGUUUGGGUGUUUUCCUUUUGAGGCAUGUACUUGGCCAUAAUAUUUUCAAUGAAUAUCUUUUUCAGUUACUCGUCGCCGACUGUGAAAAGGCUCGGAAUGCAGCAAUGAUGGAUCUUCGUCAUAGGAUUCUUCCCCGUUUCUUGUCUGAAAAUCCGAAAGAAGCUGGAUUCUGCUUGUGGCUACUACAUCCUGAUCCUUCUUCACGUCCAACUUGCAGGGAGAUCCUAGAGUCAGAAGUACUUAGUGGGCUUAAGGAGGUUUGCUCGGAAGAAUUGUCAUCUUCUAUAGAGCAAGAUGAUGCAGAGUCCGAAUUACUUCUGCACUUUCUCAUCACCUAAGAGCAUAAGCAGAAAUGUGCCUCUAAGUUGAUAGAAAAUAUAAGUUGCUUGGAAGCAGACAUUGAAGAGAUUGGGAGAAGGCGCCAAGCGAUUGGCCUGGCUGACUCCUUUGAUUCAAAGGACAAUAAGCUUUAUCUUAAGGAGCUUUCAACCCCAGAUGUGGAUGGGAACAUCGGUCAGCUUGAAUCUGCUUAUUUCUCCAUGAGAUCAAGAAUGCAGCUCCCUGAGGCUGAUGCCAUGCGUGCUGAUAAUGAUGUGUUAAAAAAUCAUGAGAAUUGGGGUCCUCCCAAUAACAAUGACGAACGGAAGGAUGGCUCUGAUCAGCAGGGUGCUUUCUUUGAUGGCUUAUGCAAGUAUGCUCGAUAUAGUAAGUUCGCAGUACGUGGUAUACUGAGAAAUGGAGAGUUCAACUCCUCAGCAAAUGUGAUUUUCCUAAGUUUUGACCGGGAUGAGGACUACUUUGCUGCUGCUGGGAUAUCAAAGAAAAUAAAGAUAUUUGAAUUUGAUGCGCUCUUUAAUCACUCCGUUGAUAUCCAUUAUCCAGUGAUUGAGAUGUCAAAUAGGUCAAAGCUAAGCUGCACUUGCUGGAAUAAUUAUAUCCGUAACUACCUCGCUUCAACUGAUUAUGAUGGCGUAGUAAAGUUAUGGGAUGCAAAUACUGGUCAAGGGUUUGCCGAGUUCAGUGAGCAUGAAAAGAGGGCCUGGUCUGUUGACUUUUCACCUGUAUACCCUACAAAGUUAGCAAGCGGAAGUGAUGAUUGUUCAGUGAAACUUUGGAGCAUCAAUGAGAAAAAUUGUUUGGGGACAAUAAGGAGCAUAGCAAAUGUCUGCUGCGUUCAGUUCUCUCCUCAUUCCACUCAUUUGCUGGCAUUUGGGUCUGCUGACUAUAAAACUUACUGUUAUGAUCUUCGGAAUGCGAGAACUCCCUGGUGUGUGUUGGUUGGGCAUGAGAAAGCUGUAAGCUAUGUGAAGUUGGACUCUGAAACCAUUGUAACUGCAUCCACUGACAACACAUUGAAGCUUUGGGAUUUGAACAAAACCUGUUCCAGUGGUCCGUCAAAUAAAGCCUGCAGCUUAACAUUUAGUGGGCAUACGAAUGAGAAGAAUUUUGUGGGUUUGUCCGUUGCCAAUGGUUACAUAACAUGUGGAUCUGAAACAAAUGAGGUUUUCACUUAUUAUAGGUCUCUGCCUAUGCCAAUAACUUCCUACAAGUUUGGUUCAAUUGAUCCUAUUUCUGGGAAGGAAACUGAUGAUGACAAUGGGCAGUUUGUUUCCAGCGUCUGUUGGAGAGGGAAAUCAGACAUGGUUGUAGCUGCUAAUUCAAGUGGCUGCAUAAAAGUCUUGCAGAUGGUUUAGGGUGUAGGGAGACCUGCGAAAAAGACGGCAAUGCUUCAUGUACCGGCUUUGUGCUUGUGAGUCUCCAAAGUUGUAAGCGCAGGCAUUUGUUUAUGGCCAGAGCCUUAAAUCUGCCUUGAGACUCUCUGGUCAUCUUGUCUGAGAACUGAAUGACCCAAAGCUAAUGCAUGUGUUGUCAUGCAGCUAUGAGUUCCUAAUUGUACCAUGUUUGCAGAGGUCAGUUCACACACACAAGUACAUUGCCUGAGGAAGCUGAAAAACGCAAGAAAUUUGUCAAUAGAGAUGGUUUUCCCAAUGGAGCUUACGGAGUCGACUGUCCGAAGAGGUGAACUAUCUCAAAAGGCCAUAUAGUUAAAGGGGGUACAUGGUGGACUUGAAGUGGGAGUGGAAGUAAUGCUGGUUGGUUUUUUUAUUUUUAUUUUUUUUUCGGGAGGGGGUGGGGUGGG